CCCCGGCGGUGGAGGCAGCCAAAGGGAACGAGGCGGUGGCGGGCGGAGGCGGCGAGCGAGGGCGACUGCGACCAGUGAGGCAGCCGCUGCUGCGAGGGCCACAGCCCAGGCGCGGGGGCGACAGCAGGUUAAAAAUCUGUAAGAACCUGAUUUUAGAAUUCACCAGCUCCUCAGAAGUUUGGCGAAAUAUGGACAGCCCUCUGAAAAAGACACUACUGUCGUUUUAGUUCUCCCUAUGAAUGAAACGAGGCUUGGAAUGGUUAAGGGACUUGCCCAAGAGUUGCCAUCUAAGUUAUUAAACCUACGCUCAGAUCAAGUUAGCAGCUAGACUGGUGUGACAGCCUGUUUUUAAUCAGUGACUCAAAGCUGUGAUCACCCUGAUGUCACCGAAUGGCCACAGCUUGUAAAAGUGCCAGCAGGUUUAUUUUUUGUUUUGCAAGCCUGCUCUGCCUCCUUACAGUAUGACAUCUGAUGCUGGAGGGUCGCACUUUCAAAAAUGAGUCAGCUGGUACAUGGGGUUAUCAUCAGUUUUUAGCUCUUCUGUCUGAGACAUACAAACAAGUUUGGAAGCAAUCUUGGGGUACUUACCCACAAGGCUGGUGGAGACCAGAUCGCCAGGAGAACCUCAGUCUGACGACAUCGAAGCUAGCCGAAUGAAGCGAGCAGCUGCAAAGCAUCUAAUAGAACGCUACUACCACCAGUUAACUGAGGGCUGUGGAAAUGAGGCCUGCACGAAUGAGUUUUGUGCUUCCUGUCCAACUUUUCUUCGUAUGGAUAACAAUGCAGCAGCUAUUAAAGCCCUCGAGCUUUAUAAGAUUAAUGCAAAACUCUGUGAUCCUCAUCCCUCCAAGAAAGGAGCAAGCUCAGCUUACCUUGAAAACUCGAAAGGUGCCCCUAACAACUCCUGCUCUGACAUAAAAAUGAACAAGAAGGAAGGACAAGGAGCAAGAGAUGAUUUUAGAGAUGUGACUUACCUAACAGAAGAGACGGUAUAUGAAAUUCUUGAAUUAUGUAGAGAGAGAGAGGAUUAUUCCCCUUUAAUCCGUGUUAUUGGAAGAGUUUUUUCUAGUGCUGAAGCAUUGGUACAGAGCUUUCGGAAAGUCAAACAACACACCAAGGAAGAACUGAAAUCUCUUCAAGGAAAGGAUGAAGACAAAGAUGAAGAUGAAAAGGAGAAAGCUGCAUGUUCUGCUGCUGCUAUGGAAGAAGAUUCAGAAGCAUCUUCUUCAAGGAUAAGUGAUACUUCACAAGGAGAUAACAACUUACAAAAAUUAGGCCCUGAUGAUGUGUCUGUGGAUAUUGAGGCCAUUAGAAGGGUCUACAUCAGAUUACUCUCUAAUGAAAAAAUAGAAACUGCUUUUCUCAAUGCACUUGUAUAUUUGUCACCUAAUGUGGAAUGUGACUUGACGUAUCACAAUGUGUACUCUCGAGAUCCUAAUUAUCUGAAUUUAUUCAUUAUUGUAAUGGAGAAUAGAAAUCUCCACAGUCCUGAAUAUCUGGAAAUGGCUUUGCCAUUAUUUUGCAAAGCAAUGAGUAAGCUACCCCUUGCAGCCCAAGGAAAAUUGGUUAGACUGUGGUCUAAAUACAGUGCAGACCAGAUUCGUAGAAUGAUGGAAACAUUUCAGCAACUUAUUACUUACAAAGUCAUAAGCAAUGAAUUUAACAGUCGGAAUCUAGUGAAUGACGAUGAUGCUAUUGUUGCUGCUUCAAAGUGCUUGAAAAUGGUUUACUAUGCAAAUGUAGUGGGUGGGGAAGUGGACACAAAUCAUAAUGAAGAAGAUGAUGAAGAGCCCAUCCCAGAGUCCAGUGAAUUGACACUUCAGGAGCUUUUGGGAGAGGAAAGAAGAAACAAGAAGGGUCCUCGAGUGGACCCACUGGAAACUGAACUUGGUGUUAAAACCCUGGAUUGUCGAAAACCACUUAUCCCUUUUGAAGAGUUUAUUAAUGAACCACUGAAUGAUGUUCUAGAAAUGGAUAAAGAUUAUACUUUUUUCAAAGUAGAAACAGAGAACAAAUUCUCUUUCAUGACAUGUCCCUUUAUAUUGAAUGCGGUCACAAAGAAUUUGGGAUUAUAUUAUGACAAUAGAAUUCGCAUGUACAGUGAACGAAGAAUCACUGUUCUCUACAGCUUAGUUCAAGGACAGCAGUUGAAUCCAUAUUUGAGACUCAAAGUCAGACGUGACCAUAUCAUAGAUGAUGCACUUGUCCGGCUAGAGAUGAUCGCUAUGGAAAAUCCUGCAGACUUGAAGAAACAGUUGUAUGUGGAAUUUGAAGGAGAACAAGGAGUUGAUGAGGGAGGUGUUUCCAAAGAAUUUUUUCAGCUGGUUGUGGAGGAAAUCUUCAAUCCAGAUAUUGGUAUGUUCACAUAUGAUGAAUCUACAAAAUUGUUUUGGUUUAACCCAUCCUCUUUUGAAACUGAGGGUCAGUUCACUCUAAUUGGCAUAGUGCUGGGUCUGGCUAUUUACAAUAACUGUAUACUGGAUGUACAUUUUCCCAUGGUUGUCUACAGGAAGCUAAUGGGGAAAAAAGGAACUUUUCGUGACCUGGGAGAUUCUCACCCUGUCCUGUAUCAGAGUUUAAAAGAUUUAUUGGAAUAUGAAGGGAAUGUGGAAGAUGAUAUGAUGAUCACUUUCCAGAUAUCUCAGACAGACCUCUUUGGUAAUCCCAUGAUGUAUGAUCUAAAGGAAAAUGGUGAUAAAAUUCCAAUUACGAAUGAAAACAGGAAGGAAUUUGUCAAUCUCUAUUCUGACUACAUUCUCAAUAAAUCAGUAGAAAAACAGUUCAAAGCCUUUCGGAGAGGUUUUCAUAUGGUGACCAAUGAAUCUCCCUUAAAGUAUUUAUUCAGACCAGAGGAAAUUGAAUUGCUUAUAUGUGGAAGCCGGAAUCUAGAUUUCCAAGCACUAGAAGAAACUACGGAAUAUGACGGUGGCUAUACCAGGGACUCUGUUCUGAUUAGGGAGUUCUGGGAAAUCGUUCAUUCAUUUACAGAUGAGCAGAAAAGACUUUUCUUGCAGUUUACAACAGGCACAGACAGAGCACCUGUGGGCGGACUAGGAAAAUUAAAGAUGAUUAUAGCCAAAAAUGGCCCAGACACAGAAAGGUUACCUACAUCUCAUACUUGCUUUAAUGUCCUUUUACUGCCGGAAUAUUCAAGCAAAGAAAAACUUAAAGAAAGAUUGUUGAAGGCCAUCACUUACGCCAAAGGAUUUGGCAUGCUGUAAAAAAAAAAAAAAAAGAAAAGAAAAGAAAAAAAAGAUAAAAAAGAAAGAAAAAUGAAAAAAAAGGAAAAGAAAAAGAAAUUUAAAAUUUUAAUAAAUAUAACAAGAGGGAUAAAAUUGGUGGUGAUAGUGUCCCAGUACAAAAAGGCUGUAAGAUAGUGAAUCACAGUAGUCACCUAUGUCUGUGCCUCCCUUCUUUAUUGGGGAUAUGUGGGCUGGAACAGCAGAUUUCAGCUACUUAUAUGAACAAAUCCUUUAUUAUUAUUAUUAAUUUUUUUUUUUGCGUGAAAGUGUUACUUAUUCUUUCACUUGUAUGUACAGAGAGGUUUUUCUGAAUAUUUAUUUUAAGGGUUAAAUCACUUUUGCUUGUGUUUAUUACUGCUUGAGGUUGAGCCUUUUUGAGUAUUUAAAAAAUAUAUACCAACAAAACUACUCUCCCAAGGAAAAUAUUGCCACCAUUUGUAGACUGUGUAACCUUCAAGUAUGUGCUAUUUUCGUCCCUUAUAUCUAACUCAAAUCAGGAACUGUGUUGUUUUUCUUUCUUUUUUUUUUUUAAACAAUUUGCUUUGAAACUUGAAGUCUUGAAAACAGUGUGAUGCAAUUGCUGCUGUUCUAGUCCCCAAAGAGUUUUCUGUGCAAAAUCUUGAAAUCAAUAAAGAUGGAAGGGAGAACUUGGAAUGUUUUAA